AUGUUAAAAUAAAUCAAAGAAAAGCCACUUUCAUUACUAAUAGUAGAAUUGUAAUAGAAAUAUUAAGAAGACAAUGACCAAUCUAGUUUAUUCUAGAAAAUUUAUCAAUAGUAAGUGGAAUAAGAAAGUUCUACAGAAUCAUCUAAUAUUAUUCCUGCUCUCUUUUCUGGUUCUACAGGUUCUGUAUCUUGUCAAUCCUCUGAAGGUAUAUCGUUUUAUGUAUAAAAGGCGUGGGGAAAAAAAUAAAGAAAACGAAGAAGAAUCAAAAUCUUAAUAAAGCAAAUUUGGAUGAAAAAAAACUUAUAAGAGAUACAACAGAUAAAAAAACUUUAUAAAUGAUUAGAAAUAGAAUUUCUGCAUAAAAUUCUAGAGAUAGAAAGAAAGCUUAUCUUUAAAAAUUAGAAGAUGAUUUUAAUAAAUAGUCGAAUUACAUUCAAGAAUUAACAGAAUAAAUUAGUUGUUUACAAUAACAUUUAGAAGAAACAUAGAAACUUAAUAAUAUAUUAUAAUCCUAAUAAUCUAAUCUAACUUGUAUUAAUUGUGGAAGUAAAUAAUUUGUUUUUGAAGAAGAAGCUCCUAUUUCUGUUUCUAAAAAUAGAGGUUUAGGUAAAUUAGGAUAUUCAUUUAUGGUUAUUUUGACUAUUUUUGCUUGUUUCUAUCUUAAAUUCGAUACUUAAUCUCAAAAUUUGAGUGCCUCUUUAUAAAAUAAAUAAGAUAAAGUAUUUAUUAGAUAAUUAAAUGACACAGAUAAAUAAUAUGAAAUUUUAGAGUAAAUUUAAAUUGGUAGAAUUAAAGGAAUGACAGAUAUAAUGGAAUAUAAUUCAGAAUAUAAUCAUAAAUUUUAUGAUACUACUUAUAGAGCUAUCUUAAAUAGUAAAGAAAGUUUUGUUAAUGAAAUGAUUAAUUAUAAUAAAGAAAAGGCAAAGUAAAAUAAUGGUAAGGCAUUAGCCCCACUUAAUUAUCAUAAACGAUAAGUAGACUCAUUUUAUUGUCCAACUGUUUAUAAAUAUGAUAAUCAAACUUAGGAGUAAUAUUAUACAAUAAUUUAGUAAAAUAUAGGUCAAAUAUUAGGAUGAAUAAUGGAUUCAUUUAGUUAUUCCUAUAAAUAAUGUCAAUAUCUUUUAUCAAAAUCGCGAUAAAUCAAUUAUAUUAAAAGAAACUUACACAGAUACAGGCAGCGAUAUCAGAGAAAAAUAUUAAGAAAUAUGGUGUUAGAUAAAAAGUAUAAAUGACUUUUAUAUUUGA